GUCGCCCGCGGAAUCACAAUAUCUACAGUGAUCUCCUAUGUCAUUGAAUCGAGUUAUCCUUGGCUGCUCCACAAACAUCGUUCGCGGCCGCCCUCGCCAUCAUUGCAGUUCUCUUCGAGUCCCAAGCAUUGACGCCGCCGCUUGCAGCCCUCGCCAGCGACGGGAAGCUUCACGAUCGGCAAAAUCUCAUGACGGGGAUGGCAAAGAUCCCCUUCGUGUAGAUGGGGAGUCCGCGCUCUCACGGCGUUUCACGGAAAUGGCUGAGGAAGCCAUAACUUCCUCGCCCCGCAAAGCUGCGAAAAUUGCCUCCGAGAAUGCCUUCUCCGAAGACCUAAAACGAGAGUUUGAGGAGCGGAUAGCAAAGGCCCAGUUUAACACCACCCACGCACAAGUUCUCUCAACGGUAAGCCUCCCAGCCGGGGCUCCAAAACAGGUCCGGGACAUCGCAGCCGCUGCGCCAUGGACAGGUACAGAGUCAACCGAGGAUGCCGUUCUCCGUAUGCUCGUUGACACCCACAAACCUCUCCGGGGCAAACCGCCUGCGCCGGUCAAUGUGGACCUCCGCCCCACCCGCGCCUCCGGACCCCAAUCUGCGUCUCAAAGGAUUGCCGAUGCCCGAGAGAAAACAACAGAGUACACUUUGAAUAAGUCCGGUGCACUAUCUGGAAACGAAAGGUCUGAAGUUCGGAACAUGUUCCGCGAGAGGUUCAUGCCCGAGGGACGGGCUGUCGCUUCGUUGAAUGCUAUUGCUUCGCUUGCUGAUGAAAAGAUUAAGGAGGCCCGCGCUAGGGGCCAAUUCAAGAAUUUACCAAGAGGGAAGCCAUUGGAACGGGAUCACAACGCUGAUUCACCAUUUUUGGAUACGACAGAGUACCUCAUGAAUCGGAUUAUACAGAAGCAGGACAUUGUCCCACCGUGGAUAGAGAAACAGCAAGAGAUUGCUAGGGCAGUGAGAGUAUUCCGCGUGAGGCUGAGGGCAGAUUGGAAACAACAUGUUUCUAAGAUAAUCUCCAGCGCGGGGGGAAGUGUUGAUGAGCAGUGCCGACGAGCGGAAGAGUACGCAGCUAGUGAAGCACGCUUAGCAACGAUCGAAGACCAAACGAGAAAACUCGAACGAGGCGAGGAAAUAGACCCUUUAGAUGAGGAAGCCACCAACGGAAGCAGCGAAACAGCAGUGUUUCGAGAUCCAACAUGGGAAAAGACCAAAUUUCAGUAUCACAAACUCGCCAUAGCGAACCUCAAUUCCAUCACAAGAAGCUAUAACCUUAUGGCUCCCGAGCUUGCUAAGAAACCGUACUUUACCUUAGAGAGAGAGAUGAAGAUCUGCUUCCGGGAUACAGCCCCGCUGAUCGCGAAUGAGAUUCGGGAGCGGGCAAAGAUAUCGCCCCAGGCGGUUGCUGAUUCCCGGAGGGGCUCUGGCCCUGGCGCGUUGUUCGGAAAAUUGGGAACCUCAGAGAAUGUGGCGGUGUAUGACAGUGCGAAGCCGAACUACGGGUUCAAAGAGCUGUUUAAGGAUUUGUUUUCCCGGUGAAAAUGGGGGAGGCAGACUACGUGAGUGGAUGAACUAGUGGGAGCUUGGAUCGUGAGAUAUUGGACUCGAAGGUAGUAAUGUAUCAUGGUAGUAUGAUAGAAGGGAAGACGUUCCAUUGGGUUUUGAUGUAAUGGGGUUAAGUUUCAACCAAUUAUUUGUCAGUGUAUGAUAUUACCCAGACUCGAUAAAAAUAUUAGAUGACUUCCUGGGGG